AUGAAGUGGCUGCUGCUCCUCGGGCUGGUGGCGCUCUCUGAGGGCCUCAUCUACAAGGUCCCCCUGGUGAAGAAGAAGUCUCUGCGCCAGAACCUGAUGGAGAAUGGCCUCCUCGAGGACUUCCUGAAUACGCACAGCCUCAACCCCGCCAGCAAGUACUUCCCCACCGAGGUCACCACCCAGUCGGCUAACCAGCCUCUGGUCAACUACAUGGACAUGGAGUAUUUCGGCACCAUCGCCAUCGGGACCCCUCCUCAGGAGUUCACCGUCAUCUUUGACACCGGAUCCUCCAACCUGUGGGUGCCCUCGGUCUACUGCUCCAGCCCCGCCUGCACCAACCACAACCGCUUCAACCCCGAGAAGUCGUCCACCUUCCAGCCCACUGACCAGACCCUGUCCAUCGCCUAUGGUACCGGGAGCAUGACCGGUGUCCUGGGCUACGACACCGUCCAGGUGGCUGGCAUCACUGACACCAACCAGAUCUUCGGCCUGAGCAAGACCGAGCCCGGCUCCUUCCUGUACUACUCUCCCUUCGACGGCAUCCUGGGUCUGGCCUACCCCAGCAUCGCCUCUUCCGGGGCCACCCCCGUCUUCGACAACAUGUGGAACCAGGGCCUGGUCUCCCAGGAUCUGUUCUCCGUUUACCUGAGCUCCAAUGAACAGAGCGGCAGCGUGGUCAUGUUCGGCGGCAUCGACUCCUCCUACUACACUGGAAACCUGAACUGGGUGCGCCUGUCCUCUGAGAGCUACUGGCAGAUCACCGUGGACAGCAUCACCAUGAACGGGAAGCCCAUCGCCUGCAUCGGCGGCUGCCAGGCCAUCGUGGACACUGGCACCUCCCUGCUGUCCGGCCCCACUAAUGCCAUUGCCAACAUCCAGAGCUACAUCGGAGCCAGCCAGAACGCCAACGGCCAGAUGGCGGUCAGCUGCUCGUCCAUCAACAACCUGCCCGACAUCGUCUUCACCAUCAACGGCAUCCAGUACCCCCUGCCUGCCAGCGCCUACAUCCUUCAGAGCCAGGAUGUCUGCACCAGUGGUUUCCAGGGCAUGGACGUCCCCACCUCCUCUGGCGAGCUCUGGAUCCUGGGUGACGUCUUCAUCCGCCAGUAUUUCACCGUCUUCGACAGGGCCAACAACCAGGUGGGCCUGGCCCCUGUGGCCUAA